AAAAGAAUGUUGCAAAAUUCGAAAAAUCGUGCUUACUGAUGACAGGCAAGUUGUAAUCCAAGUCAUCGUCGGCGAUGGCAUCUCGCGGCAUCGUCAAGUCCUGCCAAGUCCAACUGGAACAAGCGCUUGCGAACGUUGCGAUUGCAGACGAAAUUCGAGAUGACGACGCCAGAGCGAUAUGGUCGGCUCGUGGUGAAGUCCUAACAACGCAGUCAUCUGGGUGGUGUGGCAAGAAUAUAACAUCCGACGACACGCGACCUCCCCUUCCGCGACAUGUAUUUGUGUGUGUACAUGGAAUUUACGGCAAGGCGCAAGACUCGGACCUCAUCGCCGCGGCUCUCACUCGUGAGUUUGGUUCGUCUGCGCUCGUCUAUCAAAGCACGGCCAAUACACACAAGACGCACAUGGGCAUCCGAGCUAUGGGCACGAACCUUGCCAUCGAGUUGUUGGAUUUAUUUCACAAUCAUUGCCUUCCUGAACUCCCUCCCCAUGACGGCGAACCUCCCAUGCGCAUCAGCUUUGUCGGGCAUUCCCUUGGCGGGAUCAUCUCGCGCUAUGCUGUCGUGUACCUCCAAGUAGCGUUUCAAGCAUAUCACAUUCACCCCACGUCGUUCUCGACGCUGUGCACGCCGCAUCUAGGCAGCCGUCGGCCUGAUGGGACGGUUGGACAGCAACUUUGGAAGUCCGCAGUGCACGGCAUCAUGUCGGUGUCGCUGAUUUACGGUCAAACGGGGGUCGAGUUGCUAUGCGAAGAUCACGUCAAGGAACCGCUGUUGGAAGCAAUGAGCAAGCGCGACUCGGUCUUCAUGAAGGCGCUCAAGGCGUUUGACCAUCGCACUGCUGUGGCCAUGAUCCAGGGCGACCACAUCGUCCCGUAUGCAUCUGCAGCCAUUCAAGCGCAUGUUACCCAUCCCUGUCGAGACUUGUUGGGGCCAUCGAACUGUUCCUGGCAGUGGACGCUGGCGCAUUCGGGGUUUUCCGAGCCAACAUCCAAGUUCACCACACUGCUCCAUGCCACGUACGGCUCCACUCGUUGUGAAGUGAACGCGUCAAGUCUUUCCACAUCGUCUCCAGCAUCAAACGUCAUCGUCGACGAGCGCGGAGAAGUCAGCAUCUCGACGACCAUGCUCGCAGGCCUCAACAGCAUUUCGUGGCGCCGCUUGCACGUGCACGUGCAUUACGGUGGUCCAUGGCAAUGGUAUUGGCUAUCUUUUCACACGUGGCCGCUGGGCAUUCAAAUGCCAGCCAGCUCUCGCAGUUCCGACUUUAUCGACUUGUUUGUCCGCAUGCUGAUGGAUGACCACAAAACGGAUGCGGCAACAACGACCACCCCUUGAGCAGCAUCUACCUCGCAAUGAAUGGAUGGCGUUGGCGCCGUCGAAACACCAACAAUCGUGGUUGUAAACGCAAUGCAACCAUCGUAAUGAAUGCACCACGACCACAGACCAUGUCCAACCGACUGGCAAUGACUUGUUGCGUAAAACCUUCCUUUCCCAUCAUCGAUUGCUCGUCCAUCAGCACCACCCAUGGCAUGCUACCGUCAAGGC